AUCAGUGCAGAUGAGGAAGUUGAGAAGAAAAGAGGAAGCAGCAUUAGACUAUUGAGAUGCACCCUCACUCACAGGGGUAGUGGUGGAAUCCACAUGUCCUGGUCUCUAGUCUAUAUAACUCAGCACAUCACUGUCCCCCUUCCACUUUUCACUCUCUCUCUGUCUCUCUCUCUCACACACACACACACACACUCAAUCAUCAUUUCACCAUGGGCAACUUUGCUGCCAACGAGGGACUUUCAGUCUUUGUCAUUCUGGUAUGGCUGGGAAUCAACGCUUACCUGUUUGUCCAGUUCUACAUGAACUUCCUGACUGAGAGAUGGUUCUACACACGGAUCCUUCUUGGGGAUGCCCUCUCCUGGGCCAGGGCUCCUGCAGCCUGUCUCAACUUUAACUGUAUGCUUAUUCUGCUGCCAGUCUGCCGGAACCUUCUGUCCUUCCUGCGCGGCUCCAUUCAGUGUUGCAGUCGCACAGCUGCUCGACAACUGGACAGAAACAUCACCUUUCACAAGCUGGUAGCUUACAUGAUAGCAUUUCACACAGCGGUCCACAUCAUCGCCCACCUGUUUAACUUUGAGUGGUUCAUGGGAGCCCAGCUGUACAGGAACAGCAGCUCUCUGCCCUUUGUGCUGUCCCAGAUUGGCACCGGAGACAAUGCCUCCUACCUAAACCCCAUCAGGACUGACCAGACCAACCCAACCAUAGUGAUGUUCACUACCAUCGCGGGGUUAACGGGCGUGGUCAUCACCUUGGCCCUCAUCCUCAUCAUUACAUCAUCCAUGGAGGUCAUCCGCAGGUCAUACUUCGAGGUUUUCUGGUACACCCAUCACCUCUUCAUCAUCUUCUUCAUCGGACUCGUCUUCCACGGCUUCGGGCGAAUUGUCCGAGGGCAGACCGCUACAAGUCUCCUGGAGAACAAGCCAUCGCAGUGUGCAGAUCAGUUUGAGUCCUGGGGAAUGAACGGGACCUUCUGCCCUAAGCCAGAGUUUGCUGGGAACCCUCCUAUGACAUGGAAGUGGGUGGUGGGGCCUAUGAUCUUGUAUGUGUGUGAGAGACUGGUCCGAUUCUACCGCUCCCAACAGAAGGUGGUCAUCACCAAGGUGGUGAUGCACCCGUCCAAGACCCUGGAGCUCCAGAUGAAGAGGAAGGGCUUCAGCAUGGAGGUCGGCCAGUACGUCUUCAUGCAGUGUCCCUGCGUCUCCCAGCUGGAGUGGCAUCCCUUCACCCUCACCUCCGCCCCCGAGGAGGAUCACUUCAGCGUCCACAUCCGUAUCGUGGGCGACUGGACCCAGGGCCUGUACGAGGCCUGCGGGGGGGACAAGAACGAGACCCAGGAGGCAUGGAAACUGCCCAAAAUGGCGAUAGAUGGCCCGUUUGGUACGGCCAGUGAGGACGUGUUCGGCUAUGAGGUGGUCAUGCUGGUGGGUGCUGGCAUCGGGGUCACCCCCUUCGCCUCCGUCCUCAAGUCAGUGUGGUAUAAACACAUCCAGGAGAACCAGAACGUCUUCACCAAGAAGAUCUACUUCUAUUGGCUGUGUCCUGAGACCCAGGCGUUUGAGUGGUUUGCUGACCUGCUGCAGUCUCUGGAGGGACAGAUGACAGAGAAAGGCAUGGUGGACUUCCUCAGCUACAACAUCUACCUGACCCGCUGGAAAGAGACCGAGGCUGCUCACUUCAGAGUUCACCAUGAGGCAGAGAAUGACCCUAUCACAGGGCUGAAGCAGAAGACUCUGUAUGGGAAACCUAACUGGGACAAUGAGUUUACUACUAUUGGGACAAAGCAUCCAGAGAAAAAAGUAGGAGUGUUCCUGUGCGGUCCCACCCAGCUGGCUGACGUCUUGGAGAAGCAGUGCCUGUCUCACUCCGAGGCUGGUGUCAAGUUCAUCUUCAACAAGGAAAACUUCUGAGACCCCAACACCCCUCCAAGAGUACCAAUUAUUCCUACUUUAUCAAAGUUAGCUUUCAAUAUUGCCCAGACCCAGAGUAUCCUCUGGCUUGUAAGCCGUUUCACAUUCCUAAACUGUGUUGUUAUCCCCAACAUAAACAAUCAAUGGAUUUUAUAUGGAUUCUUUGGGUGAAUCACGUUUAAAAAAAAACUUAAGUGCCCUUAUCUCACACAAGUUUAUCAGAUCAUAGCAACAAAAAUGGAAGUAAACUUCACUGUUCUAAUGAUCAUGACCUUCCACACCCCUCCUCAGUGACAUUUCACAAUGGGUUUCUUGCACAAAUCUGUGGAGAAAUUACCAAACCUACCCGCAUUUACCAGAGGCUAGAACGUUAUUCUUGUUCUGCAAUACAACAUGCAAACACAGAAACUCUAGUGUCAAAACUCUCUAGUUCCACUUCCUCCUGUUUCUGGUGUUGUAUUUACAAGUUUGUAUAAGCAAAAUAAUAUGCAUAAAGCUUACUUCAUUUAAAAUAAGAUUUUCUUUUCACUGCACCAGGGAGUCUACCAGACAUUUUGCCUUUGCAGCUUUCUUCAGUGUGUAGGUACAGCAAACGUUUGUCUAAAAUGAAAAUGAGCAGCAACAAAAAGCUGUUUGGGAUGUGAUAUUCUAGUUAUCCCAGCUGCAACUUCUCCUGCUGGACUCAAUAGCAGCUGUCUGGGAUGUGAUAUUCUAGUUAUCCCAGCUGCAACUUCUCCUGCUGGACUCAAUAGCAGCUGUUUGGGAUGUGAUAUUCUAGUUAUCCCAGCUGCAACUUCUCCUGCGGGACUCAAUAGCAGCUGUUUGGGAUGUGAUAUUCUAGUUAUCCCAGCUGCAACUUCUCCUGCUGGACUCAAUAGCAGCUGUUUGGGAUGUGAUAUUCUAGUUAUCCCAGCUGCAGCUUCUCCUGCUGGACUCAAUAGCAGCUGUUUGGGAUGUGAUAUUCUAGUUAUCCCAGCUGCAGCUUCUCCUGCUGGACUCAAUAGCAGCUGAGAGUUUCUGUAGGCUGGCCAAGUGAGUGAUACAUUUCAGCGACCAGUGAGCACACUGAGACAUGUCAGUCCUAUGCGUGUACGUGUGGGAGUUCAGUGUCUCUUUUUACUGAGGUCACAGUCAAAUAAACCUAAAGUGAUGGUGAGGAAAAGUCUUGCAGCGUGUGGCUGAUCAACUAGACUGCAUAAAGUAUUGUGAUAACGCUUGGCUAGAGUUGUUCUGCAUGGUGUUGUAUUUGUGCUGCUUGAUAAGUUAUACACGGACAUCAUAAAAAGGUUUCAUUUAAACGUUUAAUGACAUUCAGCUAUGGGUCCUACAGUCUAUUGAUGGCACCUUCCACCCCACAAAAUUGCAGGCAUAUUACUAUUUCUAUGGAACUUGUUAUUUUAUUCUUCAUUUGUUUAAACAAUGAUUGCAACUUGAAAUUGUGUCUGUAUACAAUAUUCUGUGAUCGGUUUACAUAGCAUUUCCUAAAAGCAAGUUCAUCUGAUCUGUGAUGUAAAAUAAUGUACAUAAUAAAGACACUGCUUUUCCUCACCCUAUAUCAAGGAAUUGGGACAACAGGACAAAUAUAAGCACCCACCAAAAUGAUUAUUUAUUCAUAAGUAAAGCCAACAUUAUAGUUUGAACAUUGGUAUCGUAAGGUAGCAGCUUUGAAGACAAGCUGUCAUAAUAGGAAGAUUUCAACUGAUGCAUUUAAAGUCAAUGAAUAAAGUGUCUUCAGGGUAGACAGCAUUUCAGCCCAUCCAGAGCAUUUCAAUAGAUGCAUUAAAUAGGUCAAUGGAACGCAGACCGUGGGGAUUGAAGGACGCAGGAUUGGCACACAUUCAACAAAUCUGAUCUAACAAAGUAGAUAUUUGUCAAAUCCAUCAUGAUUGAUGUAUUGUAACGGGCCCACAAUGUGGUUACUAAAGUUUGAUUUGGAUAUAUUUGGCUGUUUUCACUGCAUAACAUUUAGAAGUUGUCCCUUUUCAGGUUUAGAAGAAGUGACCGCUAAAUGCUAACUCCCAUUCCUAUAAGCUGGUAGCAUAGCUAGCAUACAGAAAUCAGUGGUGGUCGUCAGUCCAUUUUUCUUCUAGUAUUACAUGGUUUUUGAUUAUUGCAUUGUUGGGUUUUGAGUUUGCAAUAAAGGCAUUUCACUGUACUUGUGCAUGUGACAUUAAAAAUGUGACUCUUGAUGACA